UUGUUUACGAUCGUACAACUACAAGCUAAGAUCACCUGCGAGUUGAAAUCGAGUAGACCUAAAAGUAAGACUGAGACAGAGAGGUAAAGCAGUGUCUAACUCUAAAAUGGAUUCACCCGUAGAGAAGAAAGCAAAGAUGAAUAAUGGAGAUGCAAUGGCUACUGUACCUGCGAAUGGGACCAUCAAUGGGGCGGUCAAUGGAACCACCAAGGCAGUGAUCAAUGCCAAUGGCGACGGGAGCCGCUGGUUUGGACACCAAUCUUUACAGGAGAAUGACCCCGAGAUGUAUGCCAUCAUCUUGAAGGAGAAGGAACGUCAAAGGAAAGGCCUAGAGUUGAUUGCAUCGGAGAACUUUCCGAGCAGAGCCGUCCUCGAGGCCCUCGGUUCUUGCCUUCAAAAUAAAUACUGCGAGGGUUACCCUGGAAACAGAUACUAUGGCGGUACCCAAUUCUUUGAUGAAAUGGAGCGUCUGACCCAGAAGAGAGCUUUAGCAGCCUUUGGGCUAAAGGAGGAGGAAUGGGGGGUCAAUGUCCAGCCCUACUCUGGCUCUCCAGCAAACUUUGCCGUCUACACCGGGGUCAUCGGUCCUCACGGGCGCAUCAUGGGUCUUGAUCUUCCGGACGGCGGCCAUCUUACCCACGGAUUUAUGACGCCCAAGAAGAAGAUUUCUGCCACUUCGGUGUUCUUUGAAUCCAUGCCGUACAGGGUGAACCAGGAGACUGGACUCAUUGACUAUGAUGCCCUUGCUGUGAAUGCUCGAUUGUUCCGUCCUCAAAUGAUCAUUGCUGGUAUGAGCUGUUAUCCUAGGAAUCUUGAUUACAAGAGAUUCAAGGAGAUUGCUGCUGAGAACGAUGCUUACCUCAUGGCUGAUAUGGCCCAUGUCAGCGGUCUGGUCGCUGCAGGAGUCGUAGCCAACCCCUUCGAGUACUGUGACAUCGUUACAAGCACGACACACAAGACUCUUAGAGGACCUCGAUCAGGGAUCAUCUUCUAUCGCAAAGGUGUGCGUAAGGUUCUGAAGAAUGGCACAGAGGUGAUGUAUGACCUUGAGAAACCAAUCAAUGAAGCCGUCUUCCCCGGUCUUCAAGGGGGACCACACAUGCAUGCUGUCGGAGGCGUUGGUGUUGCACUCUUGCAGGCUUCACAACCAGAGUUCAAGCAGUAUGCCCGGGAUGUUGUGGCCAAUGCGCAAGCCAUGGCUGCGGAGUUGAUGAAGAGAGGUUACACUAUUUGUUCAGGCGGAACCGACACACAUCUUCUACUCCUUGACCUACGACCCCUUGGACUGGACGGUGCUCGUGGCGAGUUCGUCCUUGAGCGUGUCGGAAUCGUUCUGAAUAAGAACACGUGUCCGGGAGACAAGAGCGCCCUCAAGCCAGGCGGUCUGAGGAUUGGUACCCCGGCCCUCACUUCCAGGAACUUCAAGGUUGACGACUUUAUGAGGGUGGUGGAUUUCAUGGACAGGGGUUUGAAAUUAACUGCAGAGGCAAAUAAGAACUGUUCUGGAACUUUGCUGCGAGAUUUCAAGACGUACGUCACAACCAAUUCAGACUUCCAAUCCAAACUCGCUGCCCUGGAAACGGAGGUUGAGUCUUUCGCUGAAAGCUUCCCAUUACCGGGUCAUGAAGUGUUGUAAAGCAUUUAUCAAGCUUUUAUCGACCAAGUUCUUUGGACCAAUCGACCAUGGGUGCUUUACAGUGCAGUCUUUGAUAAGCAGUUGCAUGCUUAUUUGUAAGACUAGAGGACUCCUUGAACUAGUGUUCACUUUGAAAUUGCAUUUCAUCAAUAGAUAACACCUUAGAAGCAUGUCAUGGUGUAUUAUGUUGGGACUUUGUUUUAUAGUAUUCUUCUGAAAUUUGUCUUCCCCACCAGUGACAAGUGAUUUAAGCCAAGAAAGUGCAACAAUCUCAUGACAUUCUUCUGUUUGGUGAAUGUUGUAAUCUGAAAUAUGACUUGUGCUAUGUAAUCUAGCUAUUUCAAUGCAUUUCUGUCCAUUGUCACU